AAUCAGCGUUUACGUUUCCCUCCACAACCAGCUAGCUUUGUAGCUAAAUGAUACGGAACCCGAAAACCCACACGAACAACGCAGUUUAUUUCAUUUGUUAGUAUUUAUUGAUACAUCAAACGACAUCAAUAAUCAACGUUUGUUUACGGAUAACACGCGUGGUAACGUACCUCUAUCGAGGAUAACGUAGCUUUAAAUUUGUAAUUUUAACUGCACCAGCUUUAUGUGAGGACAAAGGCCUACACAUUGCUCGCUGCUUCCAAAGCAUGUAUCCCUCUUGGGGCAGUAACUAUGGUGGUGGUGGCGGCCAUCAACCACCUUCACAGCAGCACUUCGGUGCGCCGAGGGGUCAGUCUCCUCAAGGCGAAGGCUUCGGGGGAGGAUUCGGGAGCUAUGCUGCUGCUACACCCGCAGCUGCACCCGGGUCAACGUUCAACAGUCUGCGGGAGCAGCAUCUCCAGCAGAUGCAGCAGCUGCAACAGCUCCAUCAAAAACAGCUCCAAUCUGUGCUGCACCACGACAGGAACGUAAAUGAAAACCCCUAUGGCGGCGGUGGUCCUACGGCGGAGUCGUGGCAAGGCAACUCGGGAUAUGGGUAUGGUUCAACGGGGGCCAGUGCCCCUUCCCCAUACCAAGAUGAGUAUCAGUCCAUAAAAGGCCCUUCCACUUAUCAAGAUGAGUAUCAGUCCAUGGAAGCCGGGGCGCCCAGCCCACAACUUCAGCCGCCGCUGCUGCCACUGCAGCCCAAAGAGACCCAGCUUCCCCCAUCAGAGGAGGACCCACUCCCAUCAGAGGCGAACCCACAGGUACCCACUCAGAACAAUGGUAUACCAGCGACUAAAGAGCAGCAGUACUGGUACAAGCAGCAUCUCCAGAACUUGCAGAGGCUGAAAGCAGAGAAGACCAACCAAGGCCAGGGUGAUGGCUCAACGCCCCCACCUCCCAAACCCCAGCCCCACUCGGCUGCAGCCGCCCCUCCCCCUCCAUCGGAACCACCCAAGAACGCCCCUCCGCCACCACCACCAAAAGAGGAGCCCCCACCACCACCUCCACCUGAUGACGAAAAGCCUGCCCCCGCGAACCAGGACCCAGUAGAGGUGGCCCGCCUACAGCAGCUCCAGAGUGCAGCGGCCCAGUGGCAGCAGGCCCAGCAGCAGAGAGCGGGCUACCAGUACCAAGCCCUGAUGCAGCACCAUGCUCAGCUACAGGCCAUCCUCAACCAGUACCAGCAGUGUAUCCAACAACCUGCACAGCUAGAGACAAUGUCUAUGGCCAUGCAGCUGAGUCACUAUGAGACGCAGCAGCAGCAGUUUGGCCCGGUGUUUGCAGACUGGGGCCGCACCUUCAGCCGGUGGCAGGAGGAGUUCCUGUCCUACCCACAUAAAGACCAGCUACAGGACUAUGAGUUACAGUGGAAACAGUGGCAGGAACAGAUGGACUCGACCUCAGCACACCUACAGGAGAGGGUCACCACACUGCGAGCCAUGCAGCAACAGUACGGAGCUGACCAAUACAGUAGUAGUGACCGGUAUAGUAGUGGAGGGUACGAGGACCAGUACAGCCAGUAUGGUCAGUACCCACAGUCUGGAGCGGACUCGCAGAAUCAACAAGGCCACGUGGUGAGCCCAUCCACGCCGUCCCAGCCAGGUAGCCAGCCCUCGUCCACCUCUGGACCCAUGUCCCAGGGCCCUCCACCCGUGCACCAGGGCCCUCCACCCGUGCACCAGGGCCCUCCACCCGUGCACCAGGGCCCUUCACCCGUGCACCAGGGCCCUCCACCCGUGCACCAGGGCCCUUCACCCGUGCACCAGGGCCCUUCACCCGUGCACCAGGGCCCUUCACCCGUGCACCAGGGCCCUUCACCCGUGCACCAGGGCCCUCCACCCGUGCACCAGGGCCCUCCGCCCGGGCACCAGGGCCCUCCAACAAGGCACCAGGUCCCUCCACCCGUGCACCAGGGCCCUCCAACAAGGCACCAGGGCCCUCCACCCGUGCACCAGGGCCCUCCACCCGUGCACCAGGGCCCUUCACCCGUGCACCAGGGCCCUCCACCCGUGCACCAGGGCCCACCAGCAGGGCACCAGGGCCCUCCACCCGUGCACCAGGGCCCUCCAACAGGGCACCAGGGCCCUCCACCCGUGCACCAGGGCCCACCAGCAGGGCACCAGGGCCCUCCACCCGGGCACCAGGGCCCUCCAACAGGGCACCAGGGCCCUCCAACAGGGCACCAGGGCCCUCCACCCGUGCACCAGGGCCCUCCACCCGUGCACCAGGGCCCUUCACCCGUGCACCAGGGCCCUCCACCCGUGCACCAGGGCCCUCCAACAGGGCACCAGGGCCCACCAGCAGGGCACCAGGGCCCUCGACCCGGGCACCAGGGCCCUCGACCCGGGCACCAGGGCCCUCAGUCAGAGCAGUACAACAUGUCUGGACCCCCUGGUAGAGGGGCAGGCCCAGGAGGGAGACCGCCAGGUCCACAAGGAGGACAGCCUCCAUCCUACCAAGGCCCCAGAGGACCAAGGUUUGAUGGUCCGAGAGGGAACGGCCCGCGGUUUGACCAGCAGCAGCAGUCCGUUCAACAGCAGAGGAUCAACGCUCCACCAGGUCCCAGGUUCAACCAGCAGCACCCAAGGUUUAAUCAGUUUGGCCCCAGAGGACCAGGGCCUCGGUUCGGACAGCAGGGGCCCCACUUCGACCACCCCGCGAGACAGAGCCCCCCAGCCCGCUUUGAAAGACCCACUGGUCCCUCAGCACCCUAUAUAGGCCCACAGCCUAAACCAGACACUGGCAAAGACACCAAACUAUCUCAGGGUAAGACUGAGAUGCCACCAGGCUCUAAGCUUCCUGGUAUUAAACCUACUGGGCCAACUAAACCAGUAGCAGACAGUACAACUAAGCAAGGUGAAUUGGCAGAACCAGGAGAUAUGUCAGAGGACAUGUUGGAGUCCCUUGAGGGCUUCUUCGUCCAAAAUGACCCCAUCCCUCAGACGAAAGCAGAGGCCGAUGCUGCUGCUAGUAAGGACUCCACUGCCAAAAAGGAAGAGGUGAGCCCCUCUGCCGCUGCCGGUGCCAAGCACCCCGUGUCCACCAUCACUUCUGUAUCCCCGAAAACCGCUUCCCCUGCCAAGACCGCUCUCAAACCAGGUGGACCGGCCGGGCCGUUGAAGACCAACGUCGAUAACAACAACGGGUCUCGGGGAACACAUGGGCCUAAGCCUCACGGACCGGAGCCGCCGAAGACCGACCCAAUGACCAACCAACCCCCUGGUCUUCUGGGGCUCAUGGGCCGUGGUAGAGGGGGACGUGGCCAGCCUCUAGGGCCUUCAAGAGGGGGGGAGGACGGAGGUAGAGGACGAGGGGAGGAGGAUGGAGGGAUGAGGGGAGGGAGAGGACGAGGGGAGGCGGACGGAGGGAUGCGGGGAGGGAGAGGACGAGGGGAGGCGGACGGAGGGAUCUGGGGAGGGCGAGGACGAGGGGAUGCGGACGGAGGGAUGAGGGGAGGGCGAGGACGGGGGGAGGCAGGUGGAGGGAUGCGGGGGCGAGGUAGUCUAUGGGGACGUGGAGGGAAACAGUCGGGUAUCCCAGACUUCAGUCCCAACACUAUCCCUCUGGGAGGUGGGAGGACAGAGGACGACAUGGAGGGGGUUCCUUACGACUACAGACCUCCACAUGAAGAGAUGAGAUCACAACAUGGAGGACCAGAGGAGGACUGGCAGCAGCAGGAGUGGCAACAGGACCCUUCACUGGAGAAACCUGAAGGUCCUCAUCAGCCUGAAGAGGAGAUGUGGGUCCCUGAAGAGCACUACUACCCUCCAGAGGACUACUACGAAGACCCAGGGAGAGGAGGUCCCCCUAUGGGGAGAGGAGAGCCUCUAGAUGGGCACCACUGGGAGGACGCAGACCCCCCACCUCCAGAGUACUGGGGAGAGGAAGGAGAUCCAUACUGGAUGGACCGGAGGCCCCCUCCUCAUGGCAUGAGAGGAGGCCCCCGAGCCCCCUUCCCCCCUGGGCGUGGUCGCCCCCCACGAGGCAGGCCCGGCUUCAUGCACCAGGGUGGUCCCAGACGCCCCCUUCCUCCUCCUCACGGAGCCAUGGACCCCCAUGACCCUCUAGGAUCCCCCAUGGGGCCUGACGAUGACAUGGACCCUCUGGGACCCCCGCUGCAUCGGGACUACAACCCCCGAGGGCCGACCAUACACCACGAUAUGAUGGAGCGAGACAUGAGGGGGCGGCCUCCUCUGCCUAGAGAGAUGAUGGACAGAGAUCUGAUGGGGCCUGCUGGACAUCCUCCAUACCACGACAUGGAGAGGGACCCUGGCUGGCCCCCGGGCCCUGGACGACCCCCCCACCUCGGCAGAGACGGGCCAAGAGGACCCCCUCCGCCUCCCCAUGAGAUGAUGGAGCGGGGAGGAAUGAGGAGGCGUCCGAUGGGCCCUCGGGGCGCCCCGAUGGGCCGGGGCAUGAUGCGGCACCCAUCUCGCUCACUCGAGGACUUGGAGGGGUACCCCCGGGAGGGUUAUGGGGAGGAGUUUGGUGAUGACGGGUAUGGAAGAACGCUGCCGCCACGUGACUGGCCGGACCACCCCCCACAUGAGUACGACUGUGAGGAAGAGUAUUAUCCCCAGGAGCCUCGUCCUCGUGUUGGGGAGUGGGAUAGGGGGAGAGGAGGACCACUACCAGAGAGAGACUAUUCUCCCUACCCUCCCCGCGGUCCUCCACCUCCCCCAGACCGUUUCAGAGAUGACGAGUGGGCCGAUGAGAGAGACCGAGACCAUCUUCCAUACCCUUACGAGGGAGACGGAGACCGUCCUCCAUACCCCUACGAGGGAGAAGAGCGUGGAAGAGGAGGAGAGCUCCGAAGUCGUGACUUCCCGGACGACCCUUCGUACAGGCACGAUAAACCCCCCUACCCAUCCCCUGCAGAAUGGGAGAGACCCAGACCACCCCUUCCAGAGAGAAACUACCCCUCAGAUUAUGAGGACCAUAGGCCCCAUUACGACGGGCGACCCGAGCCCCCUAGAUCAGAUCUAGGUAUCCCUCCAUCCACAACUUCCCAGACCCCUGCUCCUCCCAGUACUGGACCAGACAGUUCCUCGGAACCAGCCUCACAUGGAACUGGGCCGGGCAUACUGGCUCUGUCACAACGACAACACGAGAUCAUCCUGAAAGCUGCCCAGGAGCUGAAACUCAUCCGGUCUGUUUCUCUGGUACUGAACAGAGAAAUGCAUGAGAAUAAGACUGAGGGAGAGGCCCUACCCAUCAUGUCUGACCCCAAGACGGAGCUCCCUGCUGGGCUACUGGGGCUGGAGAUACCCCCUGAGGUCCGGAGUGCCCUCCAGGCAACCAACCUCAUGUCCAGCUCAGGUCCUACUAAAAUGGUGCCGUGGGGAGACACCAAGCCUCCAGAUACUGGUUACUUGUCCACGGCUUCUCCAGUCAUCCCCAAGACUGUGGACUAUGGACAUGGGCAUGACCUUGGUGCUGCCACAGUGGAACGGAUCUCUUACGGCGAAAGGAUUGUGUUGAGGCCCGAUCCCUUACCUGACAGAGAGAGAGAGAGGAGCUAUGAAAAAGAACCCCUGAGACACCCCUACCACAGAGACCUGUACUACGACAGACGACCGGGAGACCCCUACAUGGAGUGCAGGGAGUACAGCAGAGAGAGGGAGAUGUACAGAGAAAAAGCUCCCAUGGACUUUGAAAGAGAACCAUACGAGAGGGAACGCUACCCGCCUCGAGAUGACAGACCCCCCCCCGGCCAUCCUCCACCUCGCCCGGGCUACAGGGACACGAGGGAGGGCAGCCGGACCAGUAGAGAUGGAGAGGAUCCUUAUGGAAGGCCUGGGGGUUAUGACAGACCUCCGUACGAGCGUGGGCCUGAACGCUACGACCACGGCGCCUCACCAUACGGUGAACGGAGGAGUUACCCAGACGAGAGAGGAGGAGGAGGAGGAGGAGGAGGAGGAGGAGGAGGAGGAGGCCCCACGUCGUCCCACCCUCCUCCCCCACCACCGGCUGCUCCUCCUUCCAGGAUCGAGAAGAAACCGGAGACCAAGAACGUGGAGGAUCUUCUCAAACUACCAGGCCGAGACACUCGUCCAGAAAGGAUCGUCAUCAUAAUGAGAGGCCUACCAGGAAGUGGUAAAAGUCAUGUAGCCAAGCUGAUACGGGACAAGGAGGUGGAGUGUGGAGGGGCUCCGCCCAGAGUGCUGGGGUUAGACGACUACUUCAUGACGGAGGUGGAGAAGAUGGAGCAGGACCAAGAUACAGGGAAACGAGUCAAACUCAAGUGUCUGGAAUACGAGUAUGAAGCAGAGAUGGAAGACACGUACAGGAACAGUAUGCUAAAAACAUUCAGGAAGACCCUCGACGACGGCUUCUUCCCCUUCAUUAUCAUCGACGCAAUUAAUGACAGGGUUAAAUACUUUGAUCAGUUCUGGAGUGCUGCCAAGACUAAAGGCUUUGAGGUGUACUUGGCUGAAAUCUCGGCAGACUAUCAGACUUGUGCUAAAAGAAAUGCCCACGGGCGGAAGAUAAAGGAUAUUCAAAAGAUGUCCAGUAACUGGGAGUCGUCACCACGUCACAUGAUGCGGCUGGAUGUCCGCUCCCUGCUUCAGGAUGCUGCUAUUGAGGAGGUUGAGAUGGAAGACUUCAAUCCUGAUGAUGAGUCGCUGAAGAAGCCCAAGAAGAAGGAGGAGGAGGAAGAAGACGUUAAGGGUUACAUUCCACAAAGCAAAUGGGAGAUGGACACUUCUGAUGCCAAACUAGACAAGCUGGACGGCCUGGUGAUGGGGGGGAAGAGGAAAAGGGAGGGAGAUGACUUUCAGCUAACGGACGACUACGCCACACGCCACUCUGAGCCUGGCAAGAAGAGGGUUCGCUGGGCUGACCUCGAAGAGCAGAAGGACGCCGAACGCAAGCGCGAUAUCGGCUUUGUGGUGGGUCAAACAGACUGGGAGAAAAUCACCGACCAGAGCGGACAGAUGGCUCAGAGAGCUCUCAACCGCACUAAGUAUUUCUAGUAACAGAAGAUCGUUGCCCUCACCCCGUGCUUCUUGAUUUAUAGGUCUGCCGACUGAAUAUCAGAAGAUAUCGGGACUACACACUCUACAACAGGCCUGACGUUUAGGAAAUCCAUAGCUGUUUAUUCCAUUAUUAGAAUACAGGAUAUAGUUUUCUGUUUGCGUUAGACAUUCUUGAUGUUCAUUUAGAAUAUUUGUAGUUUUUUUUUUUAAUUUUCUUUCAUCCUUUCGAUUUGGUAAGUUCUUGCACCAGUGUGCUUCUCAUUUUAUACUGUACAAGCUGUAAUGUCUACGUGUAUGUUAGCACUGUUGCUUAUUUUAAGAAAUAAACUGAAGAAACAAUAAAGGUUUCACACACACAAAACAA